UUUCUAUCGUUAUUGUUUCGCAUUGUACAAGAGCCUUUACCCUACCACGUGUCGUUAGACAAAGACAGAUUGGUGAUCGUACAGCAACUACCUCUUUCUAUUUUUUGAUGCGUUCUGAUUCUGUUUGAGUCUGAUUACUCUGACUACGGAAAAUGAGAAAAUGAAAAUGUAGAGACGCGCGGUUUACAUCUAUGUACUUGUAUAAGAUAACAAUAUAUUAUAAAAAAGAGGAAAUAAGAGAGUGAGAUAAAUUUUUACAGUAAAAAUUACUAUCUAUUUUUGUCGAUGAAUUUAUAAUAGAAAUUGAUUUAUAUAUAUUUUAUAACUACAGACGACAAAUUUUAUAAAGGAAAAUGUUUUAUUUAUUGAAAAUUAUCAGAUUUAAAUUACCACGUUCUUAAUGUGGCAAAAAUUGUAUAAUGCUUUAACUUUACCAAUGGAGACUAGUAAAGUGACCAGUAAAACUAGCAGCUUAAAAGCUCUCUUGCUACGAGCAUGGAGAGAACGCUGGACUGAUUUGCAAUGGGGUAUUAAUAUUAAAACAAUUCUUCCAAGAGGUGUAAGUGGUGAUGUAUAUAACUUAGCGGAUUGUAUAUUGCAACAAGCAUUAGUGGGACCAGGACCUAAUCAAUUAGUCUUAUCUUAUCUUAAACAUUCCUUGAGCUCCCAGUUGGUGUCGUAUGCAGCAGUGUUGCAACGAAUAAGUAAAUACGAUGCAUUUCACAAGCCUCAUUGCAUAUUGAGCUUACUCGAAUUUCUGGAAUCAAUACAAAUUGGUAUCACAUGUCGCGGUAAACCAGAAGAGGAUCUCUUAGCAGCGGCGGUUUUAUCUAUUGUCCAUUGGCUCUUACAAUGUUAUCUACAUGCAUUAUCAAAGGCACCUCAAAAUAAUCCACUUAUUUCACAUUUGAGUGAGCUAAUAGAUAAACCUGCCAGUAUUUUGCAACAAAUGUUAAAUUCAGAUUUUAUGUGUGCGAUGAUGUAUCUAGCUAGAUAUGAUGACAAAGAUUUGUAUAUAGAUGUUGCAAAGAAAUGUCAGGAAAUUGAAACAUUAUUGAAGACCAGUAGUCAAAAGUCUGUGGUGCCAAUAGAAGAUUCUUUGAAAAAGUUAUGCGAUUUGGAGAUUGAGAGUCUUUGUCUUGAGAAAAUCAGAAUGGAAUCUAUUACUCAUUGUUUGCAACCACUUUUUGCCGUUCAAGUGUUAUUGAACCCCAGCACCGAAACGGCUGUAUUCGUCAAUCAACUAUUGAUGGUGCAAAGAUUAAAAAGUUAUACGAACGCGCGGCUUUAUUGCGAGAUAAUUCGCGCUUGUUUGAUGUGCUUGCACAACGUGACAGGAACAUUCAAGGAGUCGCAGUGGGGAGCUUUUACAUUUUUAAAAGUGCCUCUUAUCUUGAAAGAGUUGCAUGCGGCUACUCUAAAUGGUGACGAAAAAUUUGAAUACUCACAAGAUAUUAUAGAUGCGUUCGAAUUGUUGCUUCAAUUUACGCCUUUGCUCGAUAUAAUGGACUCCACGUGUUCGUGUAAUUAUGUAGAAUGUUUGCUAAAUGAAUUGCAAAAGGUAAAUCUUGUGACAGAGAAGCAGGCAAAGCAAAUAAGCGCAAGAAGGGAGGGAGUGACAGCGGCUCUGCAAAAAUUAGAACCGUCCAGCACUCCGACGUCGUCCAUUCCGAAGGUCAUUAUACGAGCAAAACCGACACUAGCUGGAAUCUUAAAGACAUUAAAUGCCGAUUACACGAAAAUUCAAGAGGCUUUAUUGAGCAUGCUAUAUCACGUUUUGACAGGAAAUAGCUUUGAAUUGAUGCUAGCUGUUGCGACUGUAGAGGGGAAACUGAAAACAUUUGUCGCUAAGCUUAUCAAAUUCAAUGAAAGCAGUAAACAGAUCAACGAGCCUGUGCCUGAUAAAACAGCAGCUACAAGAGCAAUGUUAUUCGAUGUAUCAUUUCUUAUGUUGUGUUCUAUAGUGCAAACAUAUGGCUCCGACGUUGUCCUGGAAGAAGGUGGAGACUCAUUUUUCGAGCAAUGGGUGUAUGAAUGUAUGCCGGAACGAAACAAGCCAAAAUCGCCGCAGAAGAUGCUGCAGAGUAUCGAUCCGGCAAGAGUAGAUGCUCUGCUAGCGCAAAUAAAGUCGCCAGAUCCUGAUUUCAAGUCGAACAAUCUGAAAUGGCAUGUUGCAUGCCAGUCAGCGAUGGGCGCGGUAAAGGAGUUACUCAGCGCGUGGGAAAGCGGUGUACUGGGCGCAGGCGAUGUGAAAAGGGCUCUAGAUGGUUUGCGCACUGCAGCGUGCUGUCUACCGGUCUGCGCCGCAGCAUGGCUUUGCGCAUACAUGAGCAUUACGCACCAGGACGCUCUACUGAAACCAAUGAAUAUGGUUCAGCAUUUUCUGACGCCGUUGCCGGGUGACGAUAUGCAGGACAAUCUUAAAGAGAGAUCCAGUUUAAUGUUUCAAAUUAUUCGGAAAAUGCAAUAUGACGUACAUCCACCUACACAAUCGAAAACAAAGGUGCUUUCAAUGUCCCAUAGCAUUAUUUCACGGCAGCCGAUACUGGAACAAUUAGAAUCUGUUUGGCAGAACAUAAAUCAACGUGGAUGGAUAAACAUUCAAGCUACACAGUCACUGGAAUCUCUAUUAAAUACUGGUGGUUCUUUAUGGUUUGUUACAAAUAUUGUAAAGGAAGUAUUGAAAUAUCGUUACCAAGAAGAAUUGGAUCAAGCUGUAGAUCUGGCCUUUGCAAUCUUUCAUCUUGAUAUAGAGAAUUGCACUCUGGAUCUUAUAAAUCACAUAAUACCGCAGUAUUUACACAAUUCAUUGCAAAGUGACGAACUUGUAGAACCACAAUCAUCUAUCCUGGCGAAAUUGUGUGUGUAUUGCAUAUUUUCCACUUUGGAAUACAUCAACUCGAAUCCAUAUCGGGGUAACAAUCGUAAACGUGUACGUUGCGACUUGGACAUGGAUGAUUUGGAUGCAUUAAGCAUGUCUAAUAAGCUUUUGCGAUUGAAUGAAACGGGUGAGAGUGUUCCUAUGUUUGGAUCGCAGAGUCCACAGGCGCAGAGUUCGAAUAAUGGACAAAAGUCGGUGGUUGUUUUGAAGGAUCCACUUAUGACUGCAUUGAACAAGCUGUUUACUAUAUUCGGUUUUUUGGCUGGUAGAGAUGGUGAGAUAUCCCAACAGACUCACUUUAUAUUUCAGUUUUUGUGGCUUACAGUGCAGUGCGGGAAAGACAGGACUCGUAUUAUAUUGCAGGGAAUGCCGCAAACAUUGGUACCCUGUCUUCUCAAAGCAUUACCCGAAUUAUUUACGACUGAUAUUCUACUAAGAUUAUACGAUAUACAAACCGUAAUCGGGCGCAAGGCAACAGCUCGUGACUUAUGCAUGUUGCGUAAUAUUAACUUGAAGCCUGCAAAAUAAACAUAGUUGUUGUAAAAUUAUGAUGCAUAUGUUCACAAUCAUGAUUCUUUACUGUUGUGAACAAGAGGUUUAUAGAGAUAUUCAAAUAUUUGUAUAUUUGUAUAAUAUUUAGUUUAAGAUUCCCAUUUAAAUUGUUAUAUUAGCACAACAACUAUACAUGCUACAUUUGUACACUAAGCAUUAUAAUGCCUUAAUAGCGAUUGUACAGGAAAUUUAUACAUAUUUUGCAUAAAUGCAAAUUAUUCGUAAAAUUAUGUAUCUAAUACAUGUUAAAGCAUUUCCGAGGAAUGAUAAGUCGAUAUUAUUAAUAAGAGAUCAAUUUUAAAUAUGAA